AUGUCGCAACCAGAAUGGAUGACAAAGUACAACGAAAUUGGUCAGAAAGGUGAAGAAGGUGUGACCACAAUUGAAGGCGAUGGUGCAAUCGCAACGUCGGAAGUAGCGCCUAAGCGAGACUCCUUGAAUGAAUCAGCCAGUGAUAUGGCCAAACUUGACGUCGGGGGAGAGGACGAAGCAGCUGCUCCUGCUCCUGCUCCACCAGCUCCAGCACCAAAACCAAAAACCGGAGGAUUCUUGUUUGGUGGAGGCGGUGCUGAAAAGAAGGAGGAAGAACCCAAGGAGGAGGAGGCUGCAGAAAUCAAUAGUACCGACGAUGAUGACGACGCCGCUGCCAUGUUUGCCAGCGCUGCUAAUGAUCCCCCAGCCCCAGCACCUGCCGCUGAAGAAGAUGAUGCUGCGGCUAUGUUUGCAAACGCGGCUGGCCCAGCUCCAGCACCUGCUGCUGAAGACGAUGAUGCUGCAGCCAUGUUUGCAAGCGCUUCUGGCGAUGCCCCAGCUCCGGCACCUGCCGCUGAAGACGAUGAUGCCGCAGCCAUGUUUGCAAACGCCGGAACUGGUGGUGAUUCUAACGAUGAGGUAAUUGAAGAAGAAGUAGACGACGAUGGCAUCGAAGAAGAGGUUGUGGGAGAAGGCGGCGACGAUAAAAAGGCCAUUGAAGAUUGGAGACGCCAACGAGGUGAAGAACCAGGCGAAGAAGGAGAUGCUACGGAUGCUGCUGCCGCCUAUGCCUCUGCAGAUGCCUCUGCUACCGAAACUGAGGCAACUCGCGAAUACCCAGAGUCUCCACCUAUUGACGAGAAUGACAACUGGGUGCCCCAGUCACAGUCCACAGAAGAAGUUAUGGUCGACGACGAUGGCAAUGAAAUCAUCGAAGAAGACUACAUCGUCGAUGAGGAUGGCAAUGAGAUUCUUGAGGAAGGCGCCGUCUUUGUCGAUGAGGAUGGCAACGAGAUUAUUGAAGAAGUGGAUCAAAGUCCCAUGGAAGAAGAAGUUGUGGAAGAAGAAGAUAAAGUUGAAGAUCGCGACCUUUCCCGUGACUUGGAUAUUAAGGAAACCAAGGAACCUGUCGAUUUGGAAGCUCAACGUGACUUGCUUUACAAAACUCCACAAAAGGAUAUGAGUUUUAUGAGCAAACUCCUUCCAUGCUUUGUUUGUAUUGCCAUAAUCGUGGCCGCUCUAUUGGUUGCAAUCUUGGUCUUCGAAGUCGAUGUCGAUGAUAGGAACGAGCUAACGGAAUCCCCAACCCCCGCAUUUCUUCCACUGGGUCCCACCAACAUUGGUAUCAUCGAUGUUGCCGAAACCACUCCUUUGUCUGCUGUCACUGGCGACUGCAACAUUGGUGCCUUUCAACAACCCCACGUCAUUGAUCAAUGCGCGUGUGGUCCCACCAUCAACAAAAUUGCUCCCGACGUUUUGGCUCGUUACGAAACUCUUGUUCCUUGGGUUCGGACCAUGUUUGAUGACUGGGAAGAGAGUGCUAGCUCCUGUUCUCCACGCAACCAGGCUUUGGUCUGGUUUUCCACUGGAGUCAACUUGGGAGGAGAAAUUUCGGACACACGCCGCAAGGACCGUUACCUAUCAGGUCUCUUGUACAUCCAGCAACAAGGACAAGGAUGGAACAAGAAGAUGAACUGGCUUACUGAAGAGAGUCUGUGCAAUUGGGAAGGUGUCUUUUGCGAUGAUGAAGAAAGUGUCAUUGGAAUUGAUGUUCAAGACAACAAUUUGAAGAAUCAGCUAACAAAUGGCAUUGGCAUGUACGACUUCCUUGAAUUCGUUUCGUUCCGUCGCAACCAGUUGAACGGAACCAUUCCUCAAGAGCUCUUUGCGAGCAGUACCCUCAAGUCCAUUGACCUCUAUGACAAUAGCUUUUUCGGUGAAAUCCCUUCCUUUGACAACGACAUUCCACUCGAGACACUCCAUGUGGGAAAGAACAGCCUAAGUGGCCGCAUCUAUGAGAGUAUUGGUAAUGCCAAGUCCCUCAAGAGAUUGGAUCUCUCCCACAACACAUUGAACGGAGAAAUCCCAAUGGUCCUCUUUGAUCUAGCUCUCGAAGAACUUGACAUCAAUUCCAAUUUGUUGACAGGAACCAUCCACACGGAACUUGGAACUGUCACAACCUUGACCGAAUUGAACAUUGGAGGAAAUCCCUUCACGGGAAGUCUCCCCCUCGAAAUUGGUUCAUUGACCAACUUGCAAGAGUUUGUUGUCAAGGAUGCACCCAACAUUGAUGGAAGAAUCCCAGCCUCUUUCGGUUUGGCCCUUCGCAACCUCAUCAAGGUGGUUAUUUCUGGCACUUCCAUCAAUGGAAACGUUCCUGAAACCUUUGGAUCCAUUAGAGGUUUGGAGCACAUGGAAUUCAGCAAAAACCGUCUUCGUGGAGACUUGUCUCCUGAAUUCGGUAACCUCUCCAACUUGAAGGUCAUGGAUCUCUUUGACAAUGACAUUGUUGGAUCAAUACCCACUGAAUUUGGACAAUUGACAAACUUGGAAGCCUUGCUCCUCGAAGACAAUAUGAUCACUGGGGAAAUUCCUUCUCAACUAUCCAACAUGGGUAACUUGAAGCAAUUGACGCUUCAAGGCAACAACAUGAGUGGAAGAUCGCCGGAUGGAGUCUGCGCGUUGCGUGGAUCUGGAUUGAAUGUCUUUGUUGUGGACUGUCCUAUCCGUGUUGGUGAUAGCUUUACUGGAGUGGUUUGUGAUACUCCUGAAUGCUGCACUAGUUGCAGGUUCUAA